AUGUCCCUCGGAUCGUUAGUAACAUACUUCCAGCUCAUCGCCUUAUUCUCAGAGAUCGGCUUCGACUGGUCCACUGAAGUCUCGACCCUCCUCGAUUUAGCAAAGCUCUCCCUCUUCAACUUUGACAUUCUCAGACUGGCGUGUUUCAUGGAAGGUCCUCACCAGAGCCUAUGGCGGUACAUUUGGCUAUUCUAUUUCGUCACUCGAGCAUUCAAAGUAGCAGAGAAGUCGGGGAUGACCUAUGAUAAAACGGUGAACAUGACAGGCCAGGUCAUAUCUGUCACGCUGUUGGCCAUAGUCUCAACCGCCGUGACUCCCUUCAAGUGUUAUUCCCAUAACGACUUGGGUGACCGCAGUCUUGUGCGGUACCCAGACGUUGAGUGCGGCUCCGAUGAUCAUCAG